AUGCCCAUCCUCCCCGCCUCUGCUGGCCUCGCCUGGAAGGCCGGCGCCCUCCUCACCUCGAGCGGCAUCAUGGCCGGCGCGUUCGUCGGCCUCCUCGCCAUCUCGCAGCACCCGACCUACUGCAAGCGCCUCUCGGUCCCGCUCAUCAUCGCCGGCACGACCCUCUUCAGCGGCUCGAUAUUUGCCCUAUUGCUUUUCAAGGACCGCAUGGGCUCGUUCGCGCGCAUCGUCGGCCCGACGACGCCCGUCGGCGGCCUCCUGAUGAUCGGCGGCUACUUGUCGCUGCUCUUCUGA